AUUUUACCCAGUACGGUAUACGUUAGUAACACAAAGAACUCUAGUGUCUGCUACUCCGCGGUAUCAGUUUUGAUUUUGAAUUGAAUUCGCGUCCCAUUCCGUGUGAAAAUGUCCGAACAAGAAGCAGUAGUUACUAAUGGCGCUUCAGAAGAGCCCAAAGUCGAUAACGCCGUCGAAGAAAACAAAGAAGUGAAGGAGAAUGGUACAGGGGAGGCCGAACCUGUUGCCGAAAACGAAAAGGAAGCGACAAAAGAAAUGCGAGCCGUGGUUUUGACGGGAUUCGGUGGGCUGAAGUCCGUGAAGAUUUUGAAAAAACCCGAACCUACUCUGCACGAGGGCGAGGUACUCAUCAGGGUUAAAGCAUGUGGAUUGAACUUCCAAGAUUUAAUGGUACGUCAAGGGGCCAUAGAUUCACCUCCAAAAUGUCCUUUCAUCUUAGGAUUUGAAUGUGCAGGAGAAAUUGAACAAGUUGGAGAAGGUGUAGAAGAUUUUGUUGUUGGAGACCAAGUGGUAGCCUUACCGGAAUACAGGGCAUGGUCCGAAUUAGUAGCGGUCCCAGCUAAAUAUGUAUACAAACUACCAAACGACGUGUCCCAUUUGGACGCUGUUACCAUUACAAUGAACUACGCGGUGGCCUACAUGUUACUGUUUGAACUUUCCGGACUGUCUCAGGGAAAAUCACUUUUGGUUCACUCUGUAGGAGGUGGAGUGGGUCAAGCUAUCGUCCAACUUGCCAAGACCGUCCCAGAUGUAACGAUCUUCGGCGUGUGUUCCAAGGGUAAGCACGAAGCUCUGAAAACCGCCGAGGUGCCGAUCGAUCACCUCCUCGAAAGAGGCUCCGACUACGUCAGCGAAAUUCGCAAGGUAUCGCCAGAGGGCAUCGAUAUCGUGCUGGAUUGUCUGUGCGGGGAGGAAUGCAACAAAGGUUACAAUUUGCUCAAACCCAUGGGGAAAUAUAUUCUGUAUGGGUCUUCCAAUGUGGUGACCGGAGAGACCAAGAGCUUCUUUAGCGCUGCCAGAUCUUGGUGGCAGGUAGACAAAAUCUCCCCAUUGAAACUUUUCGAUGAAAAUCGUACACUAUCUGGUUUCAAUCUCAGACGUUUGAUGUACCAGCAAAAUGGCGCCGACCAUGUCAAGAAGGUCGUCCAAAAAGUGAUCCAACUGUUCCAGGAGAAGAAGAUCAAACCUCUGCUCGAUUCAACUUGGGCGCUAGAGGACGUUGCCGAGGCAAUGCAAAAGAUGCACGACCGCAAGAACGUCGGCAAAAUAAUUUUGGAUCCGAGUCUAGAGCCCAAACCCAAACCGGCCACUCCCGCCAAGGGCAAAAAUAAGGAAGACAAGAAGAAGCAGUCGUCCGAGGAGAAGAAGGAACCGGAAGAAAAGAAGGAAGAAAACGCCAAGGAGGAAAAGAAAGAGGAAAAGAAGGAGGAGUCCGUGGCUAAUGGUGAUUCGGCGGGAGAAUCUGAAUCCAAAAAGGAGCAAUCGAGUUGAAUUUCCUCAUCGUAAACAACGGAGCUAUCUUCAAAAAAAAAAAUCAAAUAUAUGCUUACAUUUUUAACGUUUUUAUCUGUAGUUUUAUUCAUAUUUUUUUUAACAAUGGAGACGGACAAAGAGAUCUCAAGCGAUUUUUAUAAACCUAGGCGCAAAUCAUAUUUUAUAACAACAAAUCAUUAGUUAAGUCUGAAGACCAAUUUUAAAAAAUAGUUAUUUUUGUAAUUAAUUUUUUACACUGUACGGUGCUCAUUUUUCCAGUAGAUUCGAAAGAAGAGUAACUUUUUGAUCCAGCUUUAUAAAAGACAUAUCUGUCUACCGAAUGAAAACAAAAUAUUGUACGGUUUUUUGUAAAAAAAUUACUUACUUGGUGCCUCGUUAGAAACCGUUCAAAUUCAAAAAAUUGGAAAGUUAUUUCCGAAAUCCUCAGAUAAAAAAAUUAAAUAUCUAUAGUUUUGGGACGUAACGGUUUAGAGACACCUUGUAUUGUAGCCAUUUUUGUAAAAAUAUUUUUCCAAGCUAUCUCAAUCGUAGUUCAAGAAAAAGGACAAAUAAAAUUGUAAAAAAAAACAUAGUCUUGUCCGUUAUUUUUGCUAAAAAGCUGUUAUUGACAUUUUCUAUGCAUAUCAAAACGCAAAAAGUUUUUCCAGUCAUUUUAUCAUUUUAUAUUAUUGUUCGUUUUAAUUUUUUUGUAAAUUUUUAGUGGUAAAAGCAGUUGCUUAUGAGAUUAUUUUUAAAUAUUGAUUGUCCAAAUGUAUUCUUUUUAUAAAUGCGUUUUUAAAAAUGUUUUUUAUAUUUAUGUUAGUGAAAAAAGAGAAAUGGUAAAAGUUUUGAUCGAACGCCUUCCUGUCGAUCUAAAGUUUUACGAUUUUUAAGAACGUACCAUUUAAAAAGUGUGUUAAUAUGCUAAGAAAUGCUUAAAUAUUUAUGUAAAUGUAAGACUGAUGUGUUAUCGCUAAAGCUAUUGUUUAGAUGGCCAUAAAAUAAAAUUGUAUAAAUGCC